AUGGAGGAUCAGAACCAUACGGUUAAUGACUCUCUAACUUUAAGCACCACCCAGAACGAGUCACCCCCCACUGAAACCAAAGCACACACCAACACCAACACCACAACCACCGCCACCGACAACAACAACAACAGCGUUGUUAAUGCUGUUGGAGUUGAUUAUGCUUUAACUGUAACCGUACCGAAGUCCGAGACUGAAAAUUCGGGACAAGCGGUGAAGAGAGGAAGAGGGAGACCUCGAAAAUAUGACGUUAAUGGAAACAUGAUGUCUCCGGUGUCGGCGCCGUCAGGAUUUCCCGAUCAUGCUAUUGAAAGCACGGUCAAGCGAAGUAGGGGACGUCCUCGUGGUUCUGGAAAACUGCAGAUUCUGGCUGCCAUUGGUGGGUAUAUUGCAGAAACAGCUGGGGGAAGCUUCACACCUCAUGUGUUGACUGUGAGCACUGGGGAGGAUGUGGUAAGUAAGAUAAUAUCAUUUUUCCAAAGAGGUCCACGGGCAGCUUGCAUACUUUCUGCUACUGGUGUUGUUUCAAGUGUGAUCAUUCGCCAAUCUUGUGUUUCUGGUGGCUUUCUGAGAUAUGAGGGCCUCUUUGAGAUAUUAUCUUUAUCUGGAUCAUUUACCCACACUAGUGGCGCUAGUGGUGCACAUCGUACAAAUGGCACAUUAAGUGUUUUACUGGCUAAACCUGAUGGGAGGGUUUUUGGAGGUUGCAUUGAGAGCUCAUUGAUAGCUGCUGGCCCUAUUCAACUUGUCAUGGCCACUUUCAAGCAAAACAUAAGCAAUCAAAUCAAGAAAAGACUCUUACCUGAAUCUUCCAAUGCUCCCAACAUGCCAGACAUUCCAGAUUUAGAAAGGGAUCCCCCAAAGGUUCAGAAGUUGAUGGAAGGUGUCCAGAGUAGCCCUUCACCAAAAUCAGAACAUGGUCCAACAGAAACAACUAAUGACAUAGUUGAAAAUGUCAAUUCUGCAACAACUAAUGAAGUGGCUGAUAAUGUUAUUCCUGCUGAUGACAACAUGCACUCUGCCUCUGUUAAUGGUGUUGACUUGGAAUGUCACAUCCAUCAACCUAUCACAGACAAAGGAACUUCUGCUGAUACUGAUGCAAGUGUCACAAAGAUGUGA